AUGACUUUCACAUGUACUGCCAAUGACUGUGGGCAUCGAUCAACACAUGAAUUCUCGAAGAGAUCAUAUGAACGAGGCAUCGUCUUGGUACAGUGUCCACAAUGCAAGAACAGACAUCUAAUCGCUGAUCACCUUGGAUGGUUCAAGGAAAGCACAGAAGACGGGAAGUUAAAGACUAUAGAAGAUCUUCUCAAAGCCAGAGGGGAAAAAGUGGUGCGAGGACGGUUAGGGCCUGAUGGAGAUAUUGAAAUAGAAGGGGAGUGA